AUGCACACAAACAAAGAAAUAGAAGUAAAUCGCUGUCCUGGAGAUACCAAACUUUCGACAAAAUGGCAGUCAACGGGGGACAGCACAAAGGAGCACUACUUCUGGCCCUUUGCACAGAUCAUCAACUACUCUGGGAAAACCUGGAACACCAGAUACGGCUAUUUGAUUACUCAAAGAGAGCUGGUUGUUUUGCGCAUCUCUAGAGCAGUCAUUGGGUCAGGGAUCGCCCAAACUAGGUCUUCACGUACUCCCGUGCAAACACCCGCAGGAGAGCAUGAGGGUACCUAUAGCCCCCUUUUUGUGCCGCCGUCCAGCCCUGUAGCUCGACAGUCAACAACCAAUGACCGCCUCCCGAUUGGGCUGAUCGACGAGGAUAGACCAGGCACCCAUCGUCAUGGUGGUGAACGCGAUCGAGAGAUAUAUCUAGGUAGUCAUGCUCAAAGCAAUGGAUCCUCGCUUCAAGGCCCACAGCAACAUCAUCGCAGUAGUGACGUCAACCGGGCUGGACAGCGCAAGCAGCCAUCAACCGGGUCAAACGAACGCAAAAGGCGACCGUACAAGCGACAAAGACUUGAAGAAACAACAUCUUCGCCAACUAGGAAUUCUUGCGACGCCCUCCGUAUUCACUUUUUGUCGUUGCCAACAAACGCGCGCUUAGAGUUUCUCUCCUGGUUAUUUGAAGGUUCACUCCCACAAUGCACAUUUGGACCUGAAAUCACCGCCAGCAUCACACCUGCAAAGAGGAAAGUCAAUACAGGAGUCCGAAAACAAGUCCGCUGGGCCACGUCUCAAGGGAAUGCAGGAAAUCUGGAUGACAGCGGCUCCCUUGAAAAAUCCAGGAAAGGGAUGCCAUGGUUACCAGAGGAGGAGAGUCUUUUGCUAGAAUUGAGGAAUACUCGGGGACUACCUUGGUCUGAUAUAACGAGGUUAUUUUCGGAUCAAUACCCUGGAAGGAGCCAGGGCUCCAUUCAGGUACAUUGGAGUACCAAGCUCAAGGGGAGGCAGUCAUGA